AUGGCUCGAUCGAUGCUUCAAGCCGUCUCCACGGCGGUCUUUGGACUCAGUGCAAUCUCUUUGCCGCUGGCCAAUGCCGCUGCGGUUUCGAGCACGGCAACUUCAGCUCGUUCCCAGUACACUCUUCCAGCUUCCGUUCAAUACGCGGAAAAUGUCAUCCCCAAUAUUAAUGACCCUCAGGCUGUUGAUGCCCAGAGUGUCUGCCCUGGCUACAAAGCCACAAAUGUUCAGAAUAGUACCUUUGGAUUAACAGCAACGCUUUCUCUUGCUGGCACUCCAUGCAACCUCUACGGCACGGAUAUUGACACGCUCAACUUGACGGUGCAAUACCAAACCGCUGAUCGCCUGAGUGUCAAUAUUGUCCCCACUUACGUCGACAGCUCCAACUACACGCAGUAUUUGGUUCGGGACAGCCUUCUGGCCAAGCCAGCACUCGAUGAGGGUGUGAGCGAAACCUCGAAAUUCCACGAUUUGUCAUUCUCCUGGUCCAAUGAUCCUACCUUCGCUUUCACGGUCCAGCGGCGAUCUACGGGCGAUGUUCUUUUCACUACCGAGGGCUCAAAACUGAUUUUUGAGAACCAAUUCCUUGAGUUCACCUCACCGCUUCCGGACGACUAUAACAUUUAUGGACUCGGCGAGCACAUUCAUGAGUUCCGUCUGGGAAACAACUUUACUGCCACAAUUUUCCCAGCGGAUAUCGCGAACCCUAUCGAUUACAAUAUCUACGGCUCUCAUCCUUUCUAUCUCGAGACUCGGUAUUUCGAGGUUGACCCCAAGACCGGCAACACUAGCAUCACUACGGGAAAUGCAACAGACCCAAGCAAGAAGUACGAGUCUUAUUCCCAUGGCGUCUAUCUGCGCAACACGCAUGCGCACGAGGUCCUUCUUCGCCCGAAUAGGAUCACUUGGCGUACGUUGGGAGGGAGCAUCGACCUUUACUUCUAUGCUGGCCCGACGCAGCCGGCAGUUACCAAGGCUCUCUUGAAGAGUAAUGAUGCACUUCCAGCCAUGCAGCAGUACUACACCCUUGGCUACCAACAGUGUCGCUGGGGAUACAAGGGCUGGUCAGAUGUCGAAGACGUUGCUUCGAACUUUUCCAAAUUCGAAAUCCCAUUGGAAACUCUUUGGGUUGACAUUGAUUAUUUGGGUCAACUUCGAGACUUCCAAACCGAUCCAAACACGUGGAGCAUCGAGGAAGGCGAGAAGUUUCUCUCAUCCUUGCACUCAAAGGGUCAGCAUUUUGUGCCCAUUAUCGACUCAGCUAUUUACAUACCCAACCCGGACAAUGCCUCCGACGCCUAUGCACCUUUUGAUCGCGGAAACGAGGUUGGCGCCUUCCUGAAGAACCCCGACGGCAGUCUGUAUAUCGGAGCGGUAUGGCCUGGAUUUACCGUCUUCCCCGACUGGCUUUCAGAGGGUGCCCAGACGUGGUGGGUCGAUGAAAUUACUGCUUUCCAUGAAAAAGUCAGCUUCGACGGUAUUUGGAUUGAUAUGUCAGAAAUUUCUUCUUUCUGUGCCGGCAGCUGCGGAUCCGGAAACCUACACUUGCAGCCUGUCCACCCACCAUUUGCUCUCCCCGGUGAGCCAGGCGCGGUGGUCUAUGACUAUCCGGAGGGAUUCAAUAUUACAAAUGCGACCGAAGCUGCCUCCGCUUCUUCUGGCGCCGCAAGCCAGUCAUCGGCGGCCUCUGUGUCGGCCACGACACCCGCCUCCACUCCCAUCUACCGACCAACCGUGACUCCCGGCGUUCGGGAUGUGAACCAUCCUGCCUAUGUGAUCAACAACGGUCAGGGUGACAUUGCCAACAAGGCAAUCUCGCCCAACGCAACCCACAUUGACGGUACCCAGGAAUACGAGAUGCACAAUGUGUGGGGAUACCAAAUCCUGAAUGCGACGCACAAUGCUCUCUUGAAUAUCUUCCCUGAGAAGCGGCCGUUCAUCAUUGGGCGAAGCACCUUCUUUGGCAGUGGCCGAUGGGCAGGCCACUGGGGAGGAGAUAACUACUCGAAGUGGGGCUCCAUGUACAUGUCCAUCUCCCAGGCCCUCAGCUUCUCACUCUUUGGUAUCCCAAUGUUUGGUGUUGACACUUGCGGUUUCUUGGGCAACUCGGAUGAAGAGCUCUGCAACCGCUGGAUGCAACUGUCAGCCUUCUUCCCCUUCUACCGAAACCACAACACGCUUUCGACCAUCCCACAGGAGCCAUACCGCUGGGGGUCUGUCAUCGAGUCGACCAAGACUGCCAUGAAGAUUCGCUACCCCCUGCUUCCAUACAUGUACACUCUUCUACACCUUGCGCACAGCACUGGUUCAACCGUCCUGCGUGCUCUCUCAUGGGAGUUCCCCAACGACCCUCUUCUUGCCAAUGUUGACACCCAGCUCCUUCUCGGUCCUUCGAUCUUGGUCAUCCCUGUCCUUGAGCCUCAGGUCUCUACGGUCCAAGGUGUUUUCCCCGGUAUCGCCGAGGGCGAGAAGUGGUACGACUGGUACACUCAGACCCCUGUCUCCGCCACCGCGGGUAAGAACGAGACCAUUGACGCCCCUCUGGGCCAUAUCCCAGUCUACGUGAGAGGCGGCAGCGUCUUGCCCCAGCAGGAAUACGCUUUGACCACCCGUGACGCUCGCAACACCCCCUACAGCCUCAUUACUGCCUUGAGCGCCAAGGGAACUGCCAAGGGUGAGCUCUACGUGGACGAUGGCGAGAGCGUGAAGCCCAACGCCACCCUCUUUGUCGAGUAUGCCGCCGAGAACAACACCCUUACCGCUGUUCCCCAGGGCGCCUAUGUCGAGCCCCAGCCCCUCGCCAACAUCACCGUCUUGGGCGUCCCCUCUGCCCCGUUGGCUGGCGUUACUUUCAAUGGCGUCAAGCUUCCUAGCUCGUCUGUUGCGUAUAACGGCACUUCUCAUGUCCUCAGCGUCACCGGCUUGAAGAAUUACACUGCUGCCGGUGCCUGGGCUCACAAGUGGACCUUGAAGUGGUAA